AAAAGUGAAGGCGGGGUUGCAGGGCCAGGGGCGGGGCCUUCGCUGGUCCCCCCUAACCUGGGGUUCUGAGAGGCACAGCCCUAGGCCAAAGCCGGGGUGGUGCUGGCAGGCUGUGGCCCCGCCCCGGGCCGCCAUUGCCGGGCCUGUGGGGCUGAAUUGCGGUAGCUCUCUCCUCCCCUCGUGGAGCAGAGCUGGGCGGCAGGCCUGACAGGGCUGCCCCCGACUGAGCUCGUAUCUCCUACGGCCAGGCAAGUCUCCGUCCAGCCCAGCCCGCGUCGCUGUCCCCCGGGCACGGAGGGACGUCCUGAGCUCAGAGCUUCACACUGGAGGGGCCCAUGUCCGAAAGAACCAUUUCCUAGCCCCAGAGGCUCCCGUGGACACAAUCGAUCGUGAGCGAACGGGUUUCUGAGGCUUCUGCUGUCUGGACAGGGCUUCUCUCCGCAUUCCCGAAGAGCCUAGCCAGGUGUUUGGACGAGCGAGUUGGUGCACGGAUCGCGCCCAUCCCGCAGCAGCGGCCCAGCAUUGGCUGAUCCUUGACCCCCACCCAAACCUGCUCUUCUGCUUUGCUGCCUCCAGAGCGCACGGUCCCCAAACUGUGCACCUGCCGGCGGCCCGAACCCAGCGGGAGAAGCGGACAUGAGGUUGGCAGGCCCCCUCCGAAUCGUGGCCCUGGUUGUCACUGUGGGCCUCACCUGGAUCGUAGUGAGCAUCCUCCUGGGUGGGCCUGGCCAUGGCUUUCCUCGCAUCCAGCAACUCUUCAUCAGCCCAGAGAACUCAGUGACGGCAGAGCCACGGGCCAGGAAGUACAAGUGCGGCCUGCCCCAGCCAUGUCCUGAAGAGCACCUGGCCUUCCGCAUGGUCAGCGGCGCUGCCAAUGUCAUCGGACCUAAGAUCUGCCUUGAGGACAAGAUGCUCAUGAGCAGUGUCAAGGACAACGUGGGCCGUGGACUGAACAUUGCCCUGGUGAACGGAUUCCAUCUCCCACUUGACCUAGGGGUCAGCGGUGAGCUCAUCGAGGCCCGGGCCUUCGACAUGUGGGCAGGAGUGGGACCUGUACCCCCAGAUGUCAACGAGCUGCUGAAGUUUAUCCGGCCACUGCACGAAGGCACCCUGGUGUUCGUGGCAUCCUACGAUGACCCAGCCACCAAGAUGAAUGAAGAGACCAGGAAGCUUUUCAGUGAUCUGGGCAGCAAGAACGUCAAGGAACUGGCCUUCCGGGACAGCUGGGUGUUUGUGGGGGCCAAGGGUGUGCAGAACAAGAGCCCCUUUGAGCAGCACGUGAAGAACAGUAAGCACACCAAUAAGUACGAAGGCUGGCCCGAGGCGCUGGAGAUGGAAGGCUGUAUCCCGAGGAAGACCACGGCCAGCUAGCCGGCCGAGCAUGAGGACCAGGCUGAGGAAGGCUGUGUGUGCCUGACCCUGGAGGUGGCGGCAGCGGCACCAGCACAGGGCCGAGGCCCGACACCACACCCGGCCAGGGGUGCACUCUUGCCCCAACACAUCAGGGCUCCAAGGUGGUGACUGGUGACUGGGGCGUGACUGGUGGGGGAGGGGGGGGAGGGAGUGGCUACAAGGGCCAGCCCCAUCGUGCUCUGUCAGGGGAGCCCAGGAGCCCAUCUUCUUUUCCUAAAGCCUCCUUCCCUGGUCAGCCCCCCACACAAUUCCCAAGCACCUCCAGCCACAGGGCCCUGGGUGCUCGCCCCCUCACUGCAUAGCCAGCUGGUUGAGGCACCUACUAGAACAGUGGUUCUCAACCUUUCACAGGGGUCGCCUAAGACCAUCGGAAAACACAUAUUUUCGAUGGUCUUAGGA